AUGCUUUUUGGACUUUUGGGGCUGUUCCUGGCUUUGACGCAGAGUUGUAGGUGCGCUCCACAACAGACCUGUUAUCCAGGAGACGAACUUUUGGGAAGAUGCAGCAACAAUGUGUCCGAAGCAAAACCUACCUGCACAGAGAUGCAUCUGAGCUACUGUAAUGAUGUAGGAUACACUAGUACUAUAUUUCCAAACAUCCUUGGCCACCGGACCCGUAUGGAUGCCGAAUCGGGGGCAGAGUACCUUCUUCUUAGUGUCAUCCAUGGCCUCCUAAAUGGCGAGUGCUCCCCUGACAUUCGUCUCGUGGGCUGCUCGGUACUCGCAUCACCCUGCCGGGAUGACAAGAUAGUUAAGCCUUGUCGCAGUACAUGUGAGGCCCUGAAGAAGGACUGUUUCCAUACCUUCGAGGCUAUAGACAUGGCCUGGCCAUACUUCCUGGACUGUGACCGCUUCUUUGCAAGUGACAGAGAAGGCUGCUUUGACCCACUAGCGGCGCUCAAAGCAAGACAGGCUCAAGCGAGGUCCAGUCUCACACCAGAAGAACCCAGCACCAUCAUCCAGUUUACACAUACGACUAACAGCCAGAUGUACAAUUUACUCAAGAGAACAGCAGCCAAGUGUUCCCACAUCUCUCAGGUUUACAGCAUUGGCCGCAGCACCGAGGGUCGAGAUUUACUCGUCAUUGAAUUUAGCAACAAUCCUGGACAGCAUGAACUGUUGAAGCCAGAGGUCAAGCUGAUAGGCAACAUGCAUGGCAAUGAGGUGCUGGGUCGCCAACUGCUCAUCUACCUGGCUCAGUACUUGUGCUCAGAGUAUAACUUUGGAAACCAGCGGGUUCAAGCACUCAUCAACACCACACGCAUCCACAUCUUGGCCUCCAUGAAUCCCGAUGGCUACGAGCUUGCCGCCGCAGAGGUAGAGGAAAGCAAUGACCCGGAGCGCAUCAACCAGGAAGGCCACUUAAUGAACGGUUGGACAAAUGGCCGUGCAAACGCCCAGAACCUCGACCUAAACCGCAACUUUCCUGACCUCACAACUGUCCUCUACCGGAACCGUCGCAGUGUACACUACCGCACUGACCACAUCCCGAUUCCUGAUGGCUAUUGGUUUGGAAAGGUGGCGCCAGAGACCUUUGCAGUAAUGAAAUGGAGCAGGUCAAUUCCCUUUGUCCAGUCUGCCAGCCUCCAUGGAGGUGAGCUAGUAGUCUCCUAUCCUUUUGACUUCUCCAGACACCCACAUGAGGAGAAGAUGUUCUCACCUACCCCGGAUGAACGGAUGUUUAAGCAACUGGCUCGUACCUAUGCAGAUGCUCAUGCCACAAUGUCAAACAAUGACACAGACAGGUGUGGAGCAAACUUUUACCGAACUAAGGGUAUCAUCAAUGGCGCACUGUGGUACAGUUUUCCUGGAGGCAUGUCAGACUUCAACUACCUUCACACAAAUUGUUUGGAGAUCACGGUAGAGCUGGGCUGUGACAAAUUCCCCCCAGAGGUUGAGCUUUAUCCAGAAUGGAAGAGGAACAAGGAAGCAUUGCUCAGUUUUGUUGAGUCGGUCCAUCGGGGGAUUAAAGGUGUUGUCAAGGAUGUUGAUGGCAAUGGGAUCAAAGAUGCCACCAUCUCUGUCAGGGGGAUUCGGAAAGAUGUCACUACAGCUGAGGGUGGAGACUACUGGCGUCUGCUGACCUCUGGUACUCACAUCGUGACAGCCACUGCCAAGGGUUACUCCAGGGUCAGCAAGCGAGUCCAUCUGCCUCACAACCUCAACAAGGCUGGACGAGUGGACUUCAUCUUGAAGAAGGUUCCCCUGAAGCCUGAAAUUGAUGACCACUUCUUCCCCACAAUAGACACAUGGGAUCGAUUUGACCCUUACAAUCAGUUUGAACGCUACAGCGAGCCAGAUGUUGUUGAGGGAGGAAUCGAACGACAGGAAAAACCUUGGUGGUGGUCCUACUUCUCCCAAUCUGGCAUCACGCCUCCAAACUGGCUGCUGCGAAAUGUAUAA